CCAUUGACAAUUUGGAAACAAACUCUUUCCAACCAUGGAAUCUCGAAUCUUGUUUAUUUUUUGCAUCAUCUGUUUUUCAUUCAUAAUCAAUACAUGUUCAUCAGCAUCAUCUGAUAACAAUAAUUUCGUAGAGAUACUUCCAGUGGAAGAAGCUGAAAAAGUUCAAGUCAAAGUUUACUAUGAGUCACUUUGCCCAUAUUGCGAAAACUUCAUCGUUAAUUAUUUGAUAGAUGUGUUCAUUGAAGGAAUUGAUGCUAUAGCUGAUGUCAAACUAUAUCCUUAUGGAAAUGCUAAAGUCAAUGCCAAUGGCAACAUCACUUGCCAGCAUGGUGAAAACGAAUGCUUAUUAAACACUGUUGAAGCCUGUGCAAUCAAUACUUGGCCUGAUGUGCAUGAUCACUUCCCUUUCAUCUUUUGUGUCGAAAGAUACCUCUACUAUGACAAGUUUGAUAAGUGGGAAUCAUGCUUUGAGGAACUAAGUUUGGAUCCUAAACCCGUGAAGGAUUGCUACUCCAACGGGAUGGGAAACCAGCUUGAACUACAAUAUGCAGAUGUUACAAAUUCUCUUAAACCACCUAAAAAGUACGUGCCAUGGGUUGUUGUGGACGGAAAGCCACUUUACGAUGACUACAUUUACAUCAUAACCAACAUCUGUGCAAUGUACAAGGGCCCAACUUUGCCAAAAGCUUGCUUAAGGUGUCUUGCAGAAUCUGAAAACCGCAUUGGCACCCCAGAGGAUAGACUGAUCCCUCUUCAUCCAGUUACUUAUGCAGAUGAACCAUCAAAUCCUUUAUUAUCAAAGCUUAGAUCAUCCCUGAUGUCCUUAAUGUUCAAGAGAAACAUGGCAGCAUAAAGAAGAAGGUAACACACUAUGCAGGAAGAAGAUAUGGAAAAGCCCAAUGUAAAUUUGUAUAAUAACUUUUAGUACACGCUAUUUUCUCUUCAGAAAGUUGUCUUUGCACUUUGUUUCUCUAAUUCGUAGAGAUCAUUAGAGUAAUAUCAAGUGAAAACAUCGCUUUUUGAAGGGAAAAUGUGUUGCAAAGUAUUAGCAAGGAUUUCUCUUGCAGUUUAUUGCAAACAUUAUGUAGGUGGGAAAGGGUAUGUUGGUUUUUACAUAGUGAAAACUGUAUUAUGUAUGCGAAAAAGAAUUACUAUAGUGUAUAUUGCUUUAAUUACUUUUAA